ACUUAAUGGAGAUGUAAUAGAUGGUUUACCUCUCUCGCUUUGAUAGCAUGACUGGAAGCCAGCUGAACUUUGGCCUCUCUGUAGGUUGACAGGUGAUCUGACGAAGGAAGACUGGGGAUUGUUUCUAGAUUUUACUGGAUUAAUGGAAUUUUAUGAGGGCUGUAGAUGCUGGUGUGAUGAUACCUGAGGAAACAUGCAUGUUUUUAGACUGGGUCUUUUUCUUCUGAUCACCACGGUGGUGUCCGCUCAGGAGCAGCUACAGCCUCUGAAUGCAGCGGUACUCCGUGGUUCGAAGGCUCGGUUCAACUGCAGCACAACUCAGCCCCCAUUAGUCAUGACCUGGACGGUCAACGAACGCUUGGUUAUCACCAUUCUGGAAGCAUUCAGGGUGAUUAACAGCACAGAUCGUUUUUCUGCCACAAAUUUCACCACGCCUGGAGAUUACAGAUGGGAGUUUGCAAUUAGCAACGUGCAGAGAGACGAUGCGGGUGAAGUCGCCUGUCAGGUUUUGGGUGGAGCGUCUAGAAUGGCCACACUGUCUGUACAAGAACGUGGCAGCGUGGGGAUCGUAGGUGGAAAUCAGACCAAAACGGAAGGAGCUCAGACCGAGUUCCAGUGUCGGGCCGUGGGCUGGUUUCCUGAACCCAACAUGUCCUGGUCUGUUAAUGGAGUGGCAUAUUCCUGCAACACAAGCUCUGUAACACAGGGAAACCUGUUUAACUCCAGCUGUACGCUGGCAGUCACUGCCGUCAAAAACUCUUCUGUUCAGUGUCUGGUCAAGAUACCAGCCCUGAGCACACCGGACAGCAGCACUGUCUUCCUGACCGUUGUUCAAGACAAGCUUGCUAAAAGAGACCAGACGGUGCUGAUCGCCGUCACUGUGGCCUUCAGUGCUGCGGCUCUAUUGUUUCUAAUCAUCUAUGGAAUUGUUUUCUUCUGCAAGAGAAGGAAGAAAAAGUCAAGCUACCAGGAGGAGCUCAGGAGAGCACGAAUCCAUUCCCAGAAUAGGAUGCCUGCCACAGAAAAUGUGCGAGGACGGGACAACCGAGGAUAUAUUAGAGACAGGCAUGAUGGACACACCAAUGGUGGAGUCUGGUACACAAACCACUCUAACAAACAUCAGAUGCCUGAUGGCUUUUUUGAUGAUGGUCACAGGAACGACAGACACAUGACCAUCCUCUAGAGACUAGAUCUGACUAGAUGUUGGACUUCACAGACAGCAGGUGCACUGGCUCUCUUCUUCUCUCUUGUACAUAAAAUAAUCAUUUUAGGUUUAAAUACAGAAGAAAGAGAGCCCGAAAGAUUUGUUUCACCUCCACUGGAUUAUUUAUUGGAACACAGAAGGAUUUUCUUGGUGGUCUCAGACUUUUGGACCCCACUGAACACUGUGGAUAAUCACCAUCAGAGCAUGUUUUUGGGCUUUAACAGAUAAAGUGGUCAGAAUGAGGGCGGUCGAGGGGUUGGUUAAGAUCUGCCGGAAAUCACUUGUCUGUUUACUUAAACCAAUCUGACAGAAGUGUUGAUUCAUUUUAAAGUCCUUGCAUGUGCAUAAUGCAUUCAUCAGAUGCUUGCAUUUCCACAGCAGGUUUUUUUUUUAAUCAACAUCUUCCUGUUUUCUCCAGAAUCAUAAAAUCAUCAGCAUAUGGCACCACACAUCCCAUGAGAGUUUUGCUUCCUGUUUUUAUAGCUACUUACAAUUCAAAGAUUUUACAUUCGAAGCGUUUAGAGAAGAUCAUCUUGUGUGACACGUAAUGCUUCACAGAGCAUGAUGCUGUUAAACAAUUCAUCUAAACCACUGACUUUUACCUCCCCACAGAGGGAAACUACUUAAACUCCAAAAUUACAUCAUACAGUGAAGUGUCAUGAAAUGGACUGGAACUAUGUGAUCCUUAUUAAAACAUCAAUCAGUCACUUAAUAUCAAAUUCAUAAAGACCUUGUGUGUAGUUGUCACUUAUCUGCGUUUCAUGCAUUUUAACGGCACUAAAAUCCAUAAAAUGGAUUAUAAGAAUUUUAAACAAAUGUUUUUAAAACAAUGUAUU